AUGUCUGAUUACGAAGCUCUAUUACAAUUCAACAAAAAAUCUGUCUCCCAUGAAAUGGUCCAUUUCUUAGCAACUAAUACAGCCUCUAUCAUUCAAGUGAAAAAGGGUAAUAACAUAGUAACUACUGAAAAUGGUAUACCAAUUGAGAUUCCUCCGCUAUCUAACUUUAUCAAAAAUUUAGUAAUGCACUCAAAUGUGCAAACACCAACUUUAAUGGCCACUUCUGUGUAUUUAUCCAAAUUGAGAUUAAUAAUACCGAAAAAUGUAUACGGAAUGGAAACAACAAGACAUAGAAUAUUCUUAGGUUGUUUAAUACUUGCUGCUAAAACAUUAAAUGAUUCUUCUCCAUUGAACAAACAUUGGACCAAAUAUACCGAUGGAUUAUUACAUAUUCGCGAAGUUAAUACUAUCGAAAGAGAACUGUUAGAAUAUUUCGAAUGGAACGUUACAAUAACGACAUCAGAACUAAUAAAAUGUCUCUCUCCGUUCCUACAACCAAUAAAGGAACAAAUUAUCAAAAGGCAGCAACAACAAAAUUAUAUGUUCUUCAAUGCUCCUACUCCUGGUCAUCUAAAAGAAUACAUCAGUCUUACUACAAGAGCAGAUUCUCAUUCUCGCUCUUCAUCUAAUGUAUCAAUUCCAUCAAUGACUUCUAUGGCAACUGUAUCUACUAUGGACUCCAUUAGAACAAAUAGGUCCACGCAUAACAGCAAUAAUAAUAAUAAUAACAAGAUUUCUACAAUCAGCGAAUCAGAAGAAUAUAGUCCAAUCCCUACUAAGAGAGCAUCAAACUUCAAUGCAAAUCCAUAUAACUCACCAUUGAGUGAUAAAGAAAGUCAAAGUUCGUCUCCAAUAAAAAAAUAUGAUGUCAAACCUAAGGUAAAUAAAUUUCAACCAAUCUUCACUAAAUUGAACACACCUUAUAAAUCACAAGAUAUUCCUAUUCAAUCAACAGAAAAGAAGACAAGUUGGACGUCAUUUUUUAAACCUUAA